CUUUUGUGGAAUAUAAAGCAUGGUAUGUCAACUGUCCGCUGCAUAUACUGAUUGCUCCGUAUUUCCUUGAAUAUAUUAUUACUCCGAUCCCAUACUUAUUCCUCUGUCUCCACGCAACAUCCAUUUUUCUUCCAUCCUCUGCCUUCUCUGAUCAUUAUCCACCGAAGCAACCAUUCCCUCAGCUGAGAAUAGGAGUGAGUCUUCAUUUUGAUUUCCAAUGGAGAAAGUCAACUUCAGAACCCAUGUCCUAACCAGGCACCUCAACCUUGUUGACCCAAGUCUGGACGAUUCCCUGAUCCUCCAAUCCUCGCCCUGCAUCAGCUACUCUCCGCCGGAGCUAUCGCAACCUGCGGCAGCUUUCGACGAAUUCGAGAUGCGGAGGCUUAUGGACGGACACCACCUGGAGGACCGGGACUGGCUGUAUGGCCUCAUGGUACAGAGUAAGCUCUUCAACCCGAGAUCAAGAGGCGGUAAGGAGUAUAUUUGUCCCGAUUAUAACCAGUCUAUGGAGCAACAGAGAGAUAUUACCAUGAAGAGAAUUGAAUACCUCUCUGAUUGUGGGUUGUUUCGGGGAUGGCUCACUGAGAAAGGACCUGAAUCUGAGUUGAGGAAGCUUGCUUUUCUAGAUGUAGUAGCGAUUUUUGACCACUCUUUGGGUAUCAAGAUUGGUGUUCACUUUCUUUUGUGGGGUGGAGCAAUCCAGUUUCUUGGUACAAAGCGCCACCAUGACAAGUGGUUGAAGGAUACUGAAAAUUAUGUGGUUAAAGGCUGUUUUUCAAUGACCGAGUUAGGACAUGGUAGUAAUGUUCGAGGUAUUGAAACAGUUACAACCUAUGACUCAAAUACCCAAGAGUUUGUCAUUAACACUCCGUGCGAGUCAGCUCAAAAGUAUUGGAUUGGUGGUGCAGCAAAUCAUGCAACGCAUACAGUGAUUUUCUCACAACUCAUCAUUGAUGGAAAAAAUGAAGGGGUACAUGCAUUUAUAGCUCAGAUCAGGGAUAAAAGUGGAAAUGUAUGUCCCAACAUUCGUAUAGCUGAUUGUGGCCACAAGAUCGGUUUGAAUGGAGUUGACAAUGGCCGCGUCUGGUUUGACAAUGUCCGGGUACCUAGAGAAAACUUGCUGAAUUCAGUUGCUGACAUGUCCCCAGAUGGGAAGUAUCUUACUGCAAUUAAGGAUCCAGACCAGAGAUUUGGAGCAUUCAUGGCUCCUUUGACAUUUGGACGUGUGACCAUCGCUUCGAGUGCUACUUAUUCAGCAAAGGUUGCCUUGGCAAUUGCCAUAAGGUACUCAUUAACAAGGAGGGCGUUUUCUAUUACACCUAGUGGACCUGAAGUUCUUUUGCUUGAUUAUCCAAGUCAUCAAAGACGGCUUUUGCCUCUUCUCGCAAAGACGUAUGCCAUGAGCUUUGCUGCAAACUCCUUAAAAAUGUUGUAUGUGAAGAGAACACCUGCAAUGAACAAAACUAUACAUGUUGUGUCCAGUGCAUUUAAAGCUACCUUAACCUGGCAUAACAUGAAAACUCUUCAGGAAUGUAGAGAAGCAUGUGGAGGCCAAGGGUUGAAGACUGAAAACCGUAUUGGUCAGUCAAAAGGGGAAUUCGAUGUUCAGUCUACCUUUGAGGGUGACAAUAGUGUCCUUAUGCAGCAGGUUAGCAAAGUACUCCUAGCCGAAUAUGUGGCUGCUAAGAGGGCGAAUAAGCCAUUCAAAGGGUUGGGAUUGGAACACAUGAAUGAAUGUACUCCAGUUAUACCUUCACAGCUCUCCAGUGAUGCCCUAAGGAGUAUCAGUUUCCAGAACAGCAUACUCUGCCUUCGUGAGAGAGACCUUUUGAAUCGCUUUGCUGCUGAAGUUUCACACAACCAGUCACAAGGACAGAGUAAAGAGCAUGCCUUUGCUGUGAGUUAUCUGCUUGCCGAAGACUUGGGAAGAGCCUUUGCAGACCAUGCAAUUUUCCAAACUUUUGUGGAGGCUGAAGCUUCAGUAAAGUCCAUUCCCCUUAAGACUAUGCUUGGUCUAGUAAGAUCAAUGUAUAUUCUCUUCACUGUGGAUGAAGAUUCGGCAUUUCUCCGCUAUGGAUACCUAUCUAAAGAGAGUGCUGGUACAAUUAGGAAAGAAGUUGCAAAGCUUUGUAGUGAACUUAGACCACAUGCACUUGCCCUGGUCCGUUCCUUUGGCAUACCUGACGCCUUCUUGAGCCCCAUAGCUUUCAAUUGGAUAGAUGCAAAUGCUUGGUCUUCUGUAUAUGUGUCAAGUUGACUUCCAUGGCUCACCUUCAGACCUGUUUUUAAAAUCAGAACGAGGGGGGCUUAUAGUACUAGCAGGGUCUUCUUAAGGAGGCCUGGUGCUGAUUACAAGAGUUUAGUCUUCGGAGUAUAACAAAGUAAAAGUAAUAAGUAAAGAAUGAAUGUACUUGAAUAAAUUGGGAAGGCAAAAGAAAUACAGACCUUGCUUGAUAUUGUUUUCCAUUGUUUUAAACUAAAAAAUCUGUACAUAGAAAAAAACGUUUUCCAUUUUGGGUGGUUUUAAAA